CCUCCAUAAUCUUGUAAAGAUUACUAUCUACGGUGAUUGGUUGUCAAAUGGUGUAACUGAAACGUGAUUAGUAAGAUUGCUACUCAACAUUUUUCUUCGAAUAAUGGAUUUAAUUGAUAAACAAAACUAUUUACAUAAACACCCUGAUCGACCUGUACCAAUCCCCUCCCAUUAGUGGAUGAAGUAUCAGCUUGACGAAUAGCAUUAAAGGUUACUUUGGCGUCAGCCAAUCGGCAGCAAACUGAGAUUGUAGCCGCUGCUUCGCGUGUUAGAUAACCCGGGGUGAUGUCUCCUGAUGCACAUCAGUCAAAAUCUGCUCCUCUCUCUUUGAACAAGUCUCUCCUGGGUCUGCAUCCCAUCGUCUCUAAUACCGAUUCUGAGACGGUGGAAUAAAAAUGUUAAAAAUUUUAUCAUCACGGAUCGUCUUCCUCGUGGUCUUAGUUAAAUUUGGUCUGGCAAAACUUCCACACUUGCAUGUUAGUGCCCAAGACACACUAACGUCAGCGAGAGAAGCGGUGAAGGCUGUUUUGGCACCAGAGACAUAUUCCACAUGCUCCGUCUUUCUAUUCCAUGACGGUACCAUCUCUAGUUCCUCUGCCUUCAUGAUGUUAAGACAGCUCCGAGCCUCUGGUGGGGUGGGGAUGUUCCAGGUACCUGUGCACAACCAAGAAUUAAACGUUUCGCUUGUUCAGCUUAACAGAGCGGUAGCUGACGCUCGCCAGCUGCUACAGGUGUCAUGGUGCGUGACGGUGGUGGUGGUGAGCGACGACCCAGUCUUCCUCACCGCCUUCGCCGAGUGGUCCCUGAAGGGCCGCCUCCUUGUGUGGUCGACGAGGCUCCUCGUCGUCACCCUCCUGCCCCUCCCAGAGCUCCAACACCUACACAAAACCUUCUCUAUGACCAAUUCCAUGUUGCUCGUCGUGGACGACACAAUAUCUCGAAGGUGUAAACUAUAUGUGCAUGUGCCCUACAGUCCAGGGGAAGGUGAGGUUAUUCAUCUUGCUUCCUGGACAAGACAAAGGGGCCUGUGUCUUAACACUCGAUUCCCGCUGUUUCCUGAAAAAUUUUCAAUAUUUAUUCGCAGACCAACACUUAAACUGGUGAUGGUGGGAGGUAUACUAAACCGACAGGUGACGAAGGACGAUCCAGAGGCUCCAGGAAGAAAGAGGCUUUGGUUUACCGGACUUGAUGUUACAAUGCUGGAACACAUCGCCACUGCAUUAAAUAUGUCGUACACGUUCGUGACGCCUCCUGAUAGGUCCCUAGGAACCCUGAGGGAAGAUGGAACCUGGUCCGGGAUGGUGGGGAUGGUGGCAAGAAAGGAGGUGGAUCUUAGCCCACAGCUUUUCGGAGUGAGUGUUAGCCGCGCCGAGGUGGUGAGUUUUACAUACCCAAUCCAGACAUUCAGCCUUAGGAUCUUGGCGAGUAGGGGUAAGGCACAAGUGGACACGUGGGGCUUCCUACUGCCCUUCGACCCUCUAGUGUGGAUGGCCAUCCUCGUGUCGUUCUUGGCGACGCCUGCGGCAGCAUUCAUUGCAACGUCCUGGCUCUCUGCUAAGACGACUCGUCAGAAUAACAAUACUACACAUAUUUUCGUCUUCUUUCGCGUAUUGUUUCAGCAAGAUAUCUCAGUAGCAACAGUCUGGUGGUGGCACCGGAUAGUACUGGCGGUGUGGAUAUUGAUGACGCUGGUGUUAACACGGAGCUACGCCGGCAACCUCAUGGCCCUCCUGGCCGUAAGACACAUUCCUCAACCUUACCAGAGCCUCCGGGACGUGCUGGAUGACCCGUCAGUCAACAUGAUGUGGGAGGCCAACACAAAAUUUAUAAAAUAUUUUAGAUCUGUGGAAUCAGGAAUCUUCUUUGAGGUCGCAGAGUCAGAGAAGAAAGGACAUAUAAUAUACAGUGUGCCCUCACAAUUCCAGAAUAACAUUGACACUCAGGUCAGACCUGGCAGCCAUGUCUUUGUAGCAGAAGACGCUUUACAUAAAAUAAUCAUGAACCACGACUUCUCACAAAAAGGGCGAUGUGACUUUUAUCUCUCUAGGGAAACGUUCCUCUCCUCAAAGUAUGCUAUGAUUGGUCAGAAGGACAGUCCCCUGAUUCCAGCAUGGAGCAAAAGACACAGGCAGAUAUUUGAGAGCGGGCUGAAGGAAUAUUGGUUGAAAAUAUUUUUCCGCAACAUAACUGCCUGUGUGCACGCCCCGACCAGGACCACCAUCACCUCGUCCAUCUUUCUGAAUAACGUUUUGGGAAUGUUUGUAAUUCUUGUCGGAGGAGAAGCCCUCGGACUUUUCGUAUUAGCUUGUGAGAUCGUCCUCGCCAGGAUUCGCCCGUUUUUUAACUCUGUCGAAUAACCAAAUAACUGUUUAACCUUAUGCAUCCGCCCCCUUGCCCUCAUAAUAAUGACUAAAUCCUUCAGCAAUAACAAUUGUAUUUGACUAAAAAUCUCAUUAAUUAUUUUUCUCGCUUUUAAUAAAAUUAUUAAAUAACACAGGAGGCGGUAAACAUGGAACUUACCACUAAUUGCAUUAGUUAGUUUCGUUUAUGUGUGUCAUUAGAGGUUACACAGCUUAAACUCCAUAAUAAAUGUACUGUAGAACUUGUUGAAGAAUUCGGUCAACAUAGACUGUAUCUUUUGUGACAUAAUAAAAA